GCGGCGUUGCUAUGGCGAAGCCUCUCCCGGCUCGGCUCGCCGUUGGGACGCGCUGAGAAGGGCGAGCGGCUGUCGGCGGGACCGUGUCGGCGGCCAUGUCCGUCCCGGGGCACUGCCUUCACCUGUACCGCUGGCGCCGCCUCACCGCCGGGGCCACCACGAAGCCAAGGUUUGACUCUGAUGACUUGGAACGCUGGAUCCAGAGAGUGGACCAAGCCUCUGAGUAUGGUGUCUCUGAAGCUUUUUCUCUUCAAAAGGCAAGGUACCUACAUGGGCCUUGUAGUCCUUUGACAAGUUUGGAAACCACAGAGGAAGAUCACAAUGAGGCCUGUGAGGAAGCCCAAGAGCUGCUCAGUAACUGGAUCAAGUCCAAACUGCAACUGGAGCUGAUGAGCAAUGGAGAGGAGGAAGUUGACUCUGUCCUCCUGGAGAAGCCUUCUGCAGCCCCUCUGAAGUAUGAGCAGUUUGAUGACAUGUACAGCUAUCUGGAACGUGAACUGGAAAGUUCUUCUGUCCAAGAAUAUCUACAGCAUCUUUUGCAGAGUGAAGUUGUGAACUGUGGGAUACUGGAAGUCCUUAGACUAGAGGACAUCAAGGAAAACCAAAAAUUUACAGAUCCACGAAUAAUCAUGGAGCUCAGGCACAAGCAGGUGAAAGAAAACCGAAUGAGGCACCAGAAAGCAUUAGAGCUUCAGAGACAAGAAGAGUUCCUGAAGAAAUCAGUUCUGUUGGAGGCCAGGCUCCAAGCACAGGAGGAAGACAGAAAGAAGGCCCUAAAGGCCAAGGAGGAAGAGGAGGAGAUCCAGAGGGAAAUGGUGAAACUACGAAAGGAAAUGGCUGAGAAGAGGCAAACCAUGGCAGAAGCACGGAGAGUGGAGGCAAAGAGACAAGAAGAAAGUCAGAAGCUGUCAGUUCAGGAGGUAUCUAUUACUGCAUCACCACCCCUGGUCCCGAAGAAAGAGCAAGGAGAGGAGAAACAAAGAAAGGCUGAGGAGCUGCUACGCAGGAUUCACACCAAUAAUCAGAGAUGUAUGCAACGACAUUUCUCUGCUUGGCUGAAAGUCAUUCUGGAGCACAGAAUUAAAAUGGGAAAAGCCAGAGCCCUUGCUGACUGGAAGUGCCAAAUGAAGGCCCUACGAGCCUGGAGAAACUAUACUUGGGCCCAGAAAGUAGAGAAGGAGACAAGACAGUUGGAAAUUCAUCUCCAAGAUCAAAACAGGAAAAAACAACUGUCUGCAGAGCACAACCAGCGGCGGCUCCUGCGCUGCUGCUUCCUGGCGUGGCAGCGCUGGAGCCACGCGGAGGCAGAAAAGCGACAGCAGCAGAUGAAGAGGGAAGAGAUGAGGAGAAAGAUGGCACAGCUGCUGGAGGCAGUGUCACUGGGGAAAGGUGUUCUGGAUAGGCCAUUGGAGACGAACAAGCCUGGAACAGCAGAAGUAAAACAUCAAGAGUUUCAGAAAGGCAAGCCAACUGAAACAUGUGUCAUAGAGAAAGAACCUGACCAGACCAGAGACCACUCUUGUUGGUGUGCUGCUCACAGAUUGCAUUCCUACAGAAAAAACAAAUUUGCUUGGAAGAUUAUCCUAAAACAUGCAGCAUCGACCGUGGGUGUCUCUCAAAUAGCAGCUCUCCCCGAGCAGUUUCAGGCACCUGGUCCCAAGACCCCAGCUCCUGCUUAUGGUAGCUGUUUUGAGCACUGUCAUGCAUUCCAGCAACGUCUGAUUGAGGAGCAAAGGCAGCAGCUUCAGAAACAGCAAGAGCUGAUCCUUGAACUGCAGGAAAAUCGGAGGCCAGGCAGAGCUAAAGAAGAAGCAGUGCAAACCACAGCUGUAGCCCAGCUGUUUGAUAACUCUCCUUUGCCAACCAAGGAGGAAAAAUGGAAGAGGGAAGAACAAUCCAGAUGCACGAAUACAUCCCAUUUGAGUCCACCUGUUUCUCAUGGGCCAAAACCCACAAGGGCAGUGAUACAAGGCAGGAGGCCCUCCAGCCAGCUGACUUCAGCUGAUCCCAUACUGAAAGCUAUGGAGGAGAGAGCAACUCGGCGGGCAGAACGGAGGAGGAAACUAGAGGAAGCCAAACAACGAAGAGAAGAGGAAAAAUUGGCCCAGCUUAAGGCUGAAAAGGAAGCACGACAGAGGAAGGAGGCUGAAGAAAAGGAAGCUCAGAAGGAAAAACGACGGGAGGAGAGAAGGCAGCAGAAGCUGAAAGAGCUGGAGAAGCAAAGGAGGCUGGAGAAAGAGCAGCAGCUCCAGAAAAAGGCCAGAGAUCACUAUGAGAAGGUCCUGCUGAGAAAACUGGGAAUGGUGCCAUGGAAAAGGCUGAUGGAGCAAGCCAAGGAAAACCUGCUGGUGGCACAGAGGCACCACUGCUUGGACCUGCAGAGAAAAUGCCUGAUGACUUGGCUCCAGUACACCCAGGAGAGCCUCAUGGAGAAGGUGUCUCGGGCUGAGAAUUUCUACUCUCAUUUGUUGAUCAAACGGGGCUUCAGGAGCUGGCUAAAGUACAAGGAUUAUCUCUCCACUUUGGAGGAGAAAGUGAGUACCCUCCAUGCAGCCUGCCUCAGGAGGAAAUACUUCUGGGUGUGGUUUGAUCUGACCAUGGAGGAAAAAAGUACCCUAUGGGAGAAGCUGAAGAUUGCUACUGAACACAGUAACAAGAGACUCAGGCUGAAUGUAUUCAAGGCAUGGAGACAGUACCCAUUACUGGUGAAAAAGGAAAAAGAAAGAGAGGAAAGGAGAAAUCAACUACGUAGGAGAGUAGCUGAAAUUCUCCCCGACUUCAAACAUGACAGAAGAGAGUCAGAGGAGACUGAGAAAGAGACAAAAGAUUCUAUUCAGUGCUAUCUUCCUAUGGACUGAAACAAAUCCGUGGGGAAGUCCUGUCCAGUGCAAAGGGUCAUACAGCCAAAGAAAGCUCCUGGGGACCACUGAUGCCAUAUACUGAACAUACCUGGUAGCUUACCUGACAGCUUCACUUUGCACUUCAGGAGGUUUUUCCCCACAAGGUCCUCCUCAUGUGAAGUCUGCGUAGGGAUGUCUUGGCUGGUGGCAGGGAGGCCUAAGUAAGCAAAACCUAGCAGAGUGUAUGUUUCAGGCCAAAACCCUUUCUGCAUGCAAAUCUUCACCACUGACACAAAUCCUCCUCCAUCACAGGAAGCACAGAACUGAACUGCAGCAAUUUUUCCUUAAGCAGUAACCUGGUGCUUUUCAGUUGCCAGUACUCUCUUGGGUGAUACAGCUUGAUCAGGGAGCAAACAGACUGACCCCUGGCCACUACUGUGAACUUGGCCGCCCAGAGAACAGUUCCUAGCCAACUGUGCCAAGGAAGUUUGGAUGGCAGGAGGAGAGGGAAGAGCUGUUUAUGCAAAUCAUUCCUGCUAACAGUCCAGAUCACAGAAUCACAUAUAGACAAUCUAAAACCUGGAUUCUCUUUCAAGGGGAUGCCUAGUUUGCAGCACUCGCCAGUUCAUAAGCACAUUGCUUUGAUUUUGCUGGCAAGUGGUGAUUCCAUGUUUGUGAGCCUCUAUCUUCUUGUAAUUUAAAUGUUUUCCAAGCUGGUUAACUGAGGUCUAUAAAAAUGUAUUGUACACAUCUGUCAUGGCCUUUUCACUUGAUCCAGUUCUUUAAAAAAGCAAAAAUCCAAGGAAAAAGCAGACUGUAUAAAAGCUAAAAGCUUAUAUAAGCUAAAGGCUGAUGUUACUAAAAUGCAAGUUUCUUAGCCCUGUUUAAUGGCAUUACCCUAUCAGCACUAUACUGCAGAUUAAGUACAGUAUGUCUUGUCUUCAAAACAGCAUAAGGCAGGAAUCUGGAAUUGCUUCCCCCUCAUAACAGGAUAGGCAAAGUUCUCUCCAAGAGCACUUGGGAGUACAGAAGCACUUAGGUAACACCAGGAAGAAGAUGGUUUGCUUUUAUCAAUUGUAUUGGAUUAUUUUGUAAGUCUUGUAUAUGCAUUUAUUUCCAAUAAACCCAAAUCUGAAAUGA